AUGACACCGCCGCUACAGACGAUCAUAGAAGAUGAGGAGGAGUUCCUUAAGGACGUCGCUGCCUUUCACAAGAAGCGAGGGACCUCAUUCGACCGUGAGGGCAAAGUCAGCGGACGUCCCAUCUCCUUGCACAAAUUGUACAAACUGGUCAUGGCAAGAGGCGGCUAUGAUGCACUGUCGGCUGAACGCAUGGCCUGGAGGACAAUAAUUAGGGAAUUUGGCAUAGGCAAAGCGCACGAGGCGGUGAUGACAUUUCAACUGAAAACCGUUUAUUACAAGAACCUUGCUGCCUACGAAAUUGCCACGUACUGGGGCGAAGUACCACCACCGAAAGAAAUCCUUGAAGACCUCAGCGCAAAGGGGGGUUAUCUCCGGACACGAACCCUCGAAAACUACCCUAUUCCCAACUCUCACGCAGUUGAAUCCACGAUGACCGACAGACCGGAGUCGCCAGUAGAGGAGGAGGCCCACACAACGCCUAAGCGCACAAAGACUGAAACCGAAGAACCAGAAAGCGCAGGCCGAUAUCCAGCACGUCAACUUAGACAAGAUCCCAAACGAACUCAGAUGUUCCAGCCCGACACUCAACCGACACGCCCACGAUCAGUUCGUGCCACAGAUUCUCCAGCAGCUCCAAUAGUUGCCCAGCAGACAUACACCAGCAAUUCCACCGACCCUCGCCACUCAGCCUUCGAUUGGUUUGAGAAAUACGAACCUCGCCCAUCCGUCGCUUUAACCCUUCGUCCAAUCCAGACACCGGGCAAUGAUCCCAGCUACCAUGUCCGCAAGGCGCAAGCCCAAGCUGUGGCCAAGCCUCGAGCUGCACCAGAACCUCAGCAAUACCUGAAGUCGGUCAUACCAAUUGCCAUCCAGAAAGGUGCCGAGAUCUACGAUCGGUGUCUUCAUGCUUUGCGAACCGGCGACCCGGAACUGCAGCGAUGGGCCCUGUUUCACAUGGUAAAGAUGUCGAAUGAACGCGGUUUAAAGUGGAAGUUCGAAGAAUACCCAUACACCGCCGAAGGCUUGAUCGAGAAGGCUUUGGAAAUCAGCAAGCUCGUCUGUGGUGUCAAAUGGGUGGUUACCUACAACAAAGACGAUGGAAGAUUUCCUCUGGCUACCCUCAAUGGAGCUUUCGGAACUUCAGAUCUGACUGCGCGCAUCAGCGAGGUGAUGACACCGGCCGGGGACAACGGGGGCAACGAUCUGGACGACGUCGAAAAGGCUGACCAACUUGAGAGAUUGAACGAGGCCAUAUUGGUACUUCGCAAUAUGGUUAUGCUCGAGGACAAUGCCGUCUUUCUGUCUCAACUGGCCUUAUUCAAGGAAUUUCUCGCCGUCGCGUUGUCUGUCCCAGAUCGGCCCCAGCUCACCGAGUUCCGGGUCUCAACACUCGAGCUCGCUGAACAUGUCACCAAAUAUUGGCCAUUGGUUCCAGAAAAUCCAGUGUACCGUGCUCUUCUCCCUCUUCUCGACUCAGAAGACCGGGCAAUAUUUCUCACAGCAAUCCGUUCGCUGAAUCGAUUCGGAAUGGCGACGGCUGAACCUCACCAAAUGACACAGGUACCUUUGGCCACAAUCAAGAGAUUGCUGGCACUGACCCUCUCGGUUUUGGACAACGAAAUUCUCGAACAGACCCUAACCUUUCUUUACGAACUGACUGCGGUGCCGGAGAACACUGCCAUGGUAUUGUCGGAUGACAUCCAGACCAUCAAGCACUUCAUAUCGCGUUUGCUCAACCUUUGUCGAGCUUAUUAUGCGCAAGCUCACGAAGCGCCCGCUCUUGUCGCGUCGGUCCCGGCCUCUCCGAAGACGAACACCCGUGACAUUCCAAUCCCAAACAUUCCACAAGAGCUGCACGCUCAUCUGUUGCAAUUCAUCGAGCCUGAUCGUUCUUCGAGAUGGCUGCGCUGCUGCUUCGAAGAAGCUCCCGGGGAUGACAUCACCCAAGUCGCCAUUUGGCACGCGUAUUCGUCGAAAUUCAGUCUGAACAAUCCUGUGCACGCCGCCGAUUUCAUUAAGAAUGUUUCGAACACCUUUUCAAGCGCACAGGCUCAGGUCAUCAACGGUCCUUCACCCCGCUUCAUCAUCAAAGGAAUCAGACCUCGCCGUGUGCUGCUAGACCUACAUGGCCGGCCGCUGUUCCAAUGUCAGUGGGUCGUGCAAUCGGCCGGACAGACGGGUCAGACCGGUCGAAGCCCUGGGCAACAUGUAUGCGGCACGUGGCAGUCGACUCGGGAGAGAUUGUGGAUUCACAUCAUGUCAGAUCAUCUCAGACUGCCGAAAAAUCCCAAGGGUGGCUUCUUCUGUCCGCCCACACCGUCGUCUAACUUCAAGUGUCGUUGGACGCGAUGCAGCAGACGCAGUCCGGUGCCGACGCUCCGUGAGUUUUGCUCGCACAUCUUGACACAUAUCCCCUCGACACCGGAAGCCAUGGCCAAGCUGAUCAACGCGCUGGCAGCUGACCCCCAACAGCCGGACCAAGCCAUGAGCGUACAUACCAUGUACCAGACGGACGUUGACGAGCAUGGCUAUCCCACAGGUGUUGCGUGGUUGUGUGUUUUGAUCAUGCGAAACUUGGCACGCUUUGCAAAUCGCCACGGGGCUCCAUUCGAGAAGGACGGCGUGCGACUGAACCAGAAGCUCUUCCGCGCUUUCAGACGGCCCUUGUUCCGCAUGGCGUCCGAGGUGCGGACCUUGCGAGACCAUCUCGUCGACCUCCUACACAUGAUCGAUCAGGCGGACCCGAAGGAUCAGCGCGGAACCAAGCGGGACCGUGAAGACGACGAUGCUGCUUGA